GGGAAGUAUCAGGUUGCUGUACUUCGGCUGUGGGUUGCCACUGUCUAAUAAUAUGACCGUUUUGCCAUCUCUCUGCAAAUAAGGCAGAAGCUGCUACCUGAUUGGUAUAACAUCUCACUUACCCUCCUCAUUGAUUUUCUUGUUCUCCUCCUUUGCUUCAUAAAAAGAGGGACCAGUGGCUCGUGCUGUGGACAGAGAAGCUUGAUUUUUAGUAUGAGAGAGCCUCUAUUUUCUUUCAGGAGAGGGAAGUUGGAUUAUCAAUUCUUUUGUAAAUGUGUAUGGUGAUAUUUGCUCCGCUUUUUGCAAUCUUUGCAUUUGCAACAUGCGGUGGCUAUUCCGGAGGCCUGCGGCUGAGUGUGGACUGUGUCAACAAGACGGAAAGUAACCUCAGCAUUGACGUAGCAUUUGCCUACCCGUUCAGGUUACACCAAGUGACGUUUGAGGUGCCCACCUGUGAGGGGAAGGAGCGGCAGAAGGUGGCCCUGAUUGGCGACUCCUCAUCUUCGGCAGAGUUCUUCGUCACCGUGGCUGUUUUUGCCUUCCUCUACUCCUUGGCCGCCACUGUCGUUUACAUCUUCUUCCAGAACAAGUAUCGAGAAAACAACCGGGGUCCACUCAUCGACUUCAUCGUCACUGUAGUCUUUUCUUUCUUGUGGUUGGUGGGUUCAUCAGCUUGGGCAAAAGGGCUGUCUGAUGUCAAGGUUGCUACGGAUCCCAAAGAAGUAUUGUUACUGAUGUCAGCUUGCAAACAGCCGUCCAACAAAUGCAUGGCUGUCCACAGCCCUGUGAUGUCCAGCCUAAACACUUCUGUGGUCUUUGGAUUCUUGAACUUUAUUCUCUGGGCUGGAAACAUCUGGUUUGUUUUCAAGGAGACCGGCUGGCAUUCCUCGAGCCAGAGAUAUCUUUCAGACCCAGUGGAGAGACACUCCAGUAGCUAUAACCAAGGCGGGUACAACCACGACAGCUAUGGAUCAAGCAGUGGGUACAACCAGCAGGCGAGUUUGGGGCCAUCCUCGGAUGAGUUUGGCCAACAGCCCAGUGGCCCUGCUUCUUUUACCAAUCAGAUUUAACAGGGUAGUGUUGGCAUUCUUCCAAAGACAGCCUCACCACCUUCCAUGUCAGUGGCAGGAGAAUUUUUUAAGAGCUUCAAUCAGUUAUUAAUUCAGG